AUGCUGUCGGCUCACUGGAGGCAUGUCAAACCAACACAGACAGCCACCGCCCUCCGUGUCGGACGCUCAUUCGGACAGCUCCGUCUCUCAUCAACGGCAUUUGAGAAGCGUGCACAAGCAUUCACUCAGGAGAGGACGAGACAGGCAGAGCAACAACUGAAGCUGAGCAGUGGUAUCCAGCAACCCUCAAUUGAGAUCCUGUUCCCGGACGGGUCUAAAAAGAUUGGAUCUGCAGGAACCACAACCCCCCUGUCGAUCGCCCAAGGCAUUUCGGGAAAGUUGGCGAAAACCACAUUGAUUGCUCAGCUGAACGGGAACACAUACUGGGAUAUGACUCGGCCACUUGAACAGUCAUGUCAGUUGGAAUUGAUCCCUUUCCAGGAGAACAAUGAUCGUCUCACCAACCUGUUCUGGCACUCGUCUGCCCACGUUCUCGGCAUGUCUCUCGAGGCCAAAUACGGCUCGCGGCUACUUCUCUGCGACGGACCUGCGAUCAAGCAAGGAGGAUUCUUUUACGAGUUCCUGUUGGCAAAGCAGGACCAGGACCCCUCUGUCUCUGUAGGGGAACUCUUGCAACAAAACUAUCCAUCGCACCAGUUCUCCAAGGACGAGAUUGCCGACAUUCAACGUAUCAUGCAACAGUUUAUUGCUCAACGACUGCCCUUUGAACGACUCUCGGUCUCUCAGCAGUUCGCCUACGACCUCUUCCCCGAGAAUAAGUUCAAGCAGCACUUUAUUGGCAACAUCCCUAAGGACAGCGAGAUUACGCUCUACAAGUGUGGACCCUUUGUCGAUCUCUGCCGCGGACCCCAUGUUCAGCACACAGGACAGCUGCAGGCCAUGGAGAUCUUGAGGACUUCGAGCGCCUACUUUAUGCCAGAGCUGGAUCGGGAUCCAAAGUCGCCUCAGGCGUUGACAAGGAUGUACGGUAUCGCCUUCCCGUCCCCCAAGGAGCUGAAGCAGUGGCACCACCAGAAGGCAGAGGCUGAGAAGCGUGACCACCGUAUCAUUGGCAAGAACCAAGGGCUCUUUGCUGUCCAUCAAGCCAGUCCCGGAUCCGCCUUUAUGCUCCCCCACGGAACCAGGAUUGUUGAGCGAUUAAUGAGAUUCAUGAGACAACAGUACCGUAAAUACGGAUUCGAGGAGGUCAUGACGCCGUUGAUGUACAAGAAGGAGCUUUGGGAGACGUCUGGACAUUGGCAAAAUUACAAGGAUGACAUGUUCCAGGUGCAGAGGGGAUGUGACCAUCAGCAUCAUCAUGGCCACGAACAUUCUCAUGGACAGGAAGGCGAAAGCAGCAAGGAAAAGGCGCCCUUGGCGGAGGGACAUGAUGAGGUGUUUGGACUCAAGCCUAUGAACUGCCCAGGACACUGUCUGAUCUUUGACAUGUCGACGCGAUCGUACAAGGACCUACCCACCCGCUAUGCCGACUUUAGUGCCCUUCACCGAAACGAGUCAACGGGAUCAUUGACGGGAUUGACGCGUGUUCGCCGUUUCCACCAGGAUGACGCUCACAUCUUUUGCACACGGGACCAGAUCUUCCAAGAGAUUCGUUCUACUCUGUCCUUUGUCGACACUGUCUACAGAACUUUUAAGUUCCCCUCCUACGAACUCGCCCUUUCAACCCGCCCCCUUUCAAACUUUCUCGGAUCCGUACAGGAAUGGGACGCAGCUGAGGAUUCCUUGCGCAAGGCCUUGGAUCAGUCAGGGAUGGAUUGGAGUAUUAACGAGGGCGACGGUGCAUUCUAUGGACCCAAGAUUGAUAUCCUGGUUAGGGACGCCCUGGGCCGGAGACACCAGACGGCGACAAUUCAGUUGGAUUUCCAGUUGCCACAGCGGUUUGGGCUCCAAUUCUAUGAUCAGCAAGGCGAGAAGCAGAGUCCGGUGAUUGUCCACCGUGCUGUGUUGGGGAGUGUGGAGCGGAUGAUGGCGAUUUUGAUUGAGCAUACGGGUGGGCGGUGGCCGUUUUGGAUCUCCCCCCGGCAGGCGAUGGUUGUCCCCGUGUUUGGUGGAAAGGCUGGGUUGGAGGAUGAGGGUGGCGAUAGUAGGGGGUCGUUGACAGAGUACGCAAGCCAUGUGCGUGAAACGUUGUCGAAGGCAGGUCGUAGCCCUAUCGACAAGCGGGACCCUGACGAGGUGGAUCCAGUUGUGAGGAUGGACGACAAGCACUACUUUGUGGACAUUGAUCAAUCAUCAGGGACGCUGAACAAGAUGGUGCGGGAUGCGCAAGUGGCCCAGUAUAAUUUCAUUCUUGUGAUUGGCGAGAAGGAGAAGGAGCGGGGUACGGUCAAUGUGCGGACGAGGGAGGGGGAGAGGCUAGGCGAAAUGACGAUACCCGAGGUUUUGAAGUUGUUCCAGGAACGCGAGGAUAAGUUUUUGUAG